AUGAAUGAACAACAAGAUAUGAUAACGCUUAGACCUACUCCUUGUCAAAGCUCAAAGAUGAGGAAUCCAUUAGGUGUAAGGAAUAACUACAGACCUAAAAUAUAUUCAGCUUCAUCAACAAAGAAACUCAAACCCAUAACACCUGCCGUUGGAGGUGGAAUGGCCGCCGCAUUUGUUGUUAUUAUCAUUGUAAUUAUAAUUCUUUAUAUUUGCAAACGAAAAAAGAAGCAAAAAAUUAAGGCAGAAGAAGAGGCAAAAGAAGGUAAAAACUCAGAACCAGAACAACGUGAUUAUUACUCAAAAGAUCCAAAUCCGAAUUCAUUCGUGAUAGAUGAAAAUAAUAAUAAUAACGGUUAUCCAAAUCAAUCAGAGUUACAAGACUUAAAUCAAGAUAACUAUAAUUACAACCAACCUGGGUAUCCUACCCCGUAUUACAAUGAUAAUGGGAAUAAUAAUAUUCCGAAUUAUCAACAAGAAAGCAGAAGCAACCCGUAUAAUUAA